CCCCAUAGGCCCAGACCGGGCUUCGCUUCAGCUCCCCUGCUCUGUGGAUAAUAGAACAAGGCGUGCAAGCUUCCUAGCAUCAAGAUAAGAAAACCGCGCGGCUGCACGGAGGGCGAGCGAGCGGAGGCAGCUCCUCCGGCAACUGCGAGCGCCCGUCCAUGGCGUCCCUCUCCCCUUCCCUCCACCUCCCUUGCAAUUCAAGAACUGGCUUCCUUGGAAAGACACAAGGGAUCCGUCCUCCUCGUGUUAUCCCUACGGACAGAGUCAGUCUUGUCAGAAAAGUAGUGGAAUGCAAGGAAUCUAGAAUUGGAAAGAAGCCCAUUGAAGUUCCAUCAAAUGUUACUCUCACAUUAGAGGAGCAGUUUGUCAAAGCUAAGGGUCCGCUAGGGGAAUUAUCUUUAAGCUAUCCAGGUGAAGUGAAAAUUGUGAAAGAAGAAUCUGGUAAGCUGAGAGUUUUCAAGACUGCGGAAACCAAAAGGGCGAACCAGAUGCACGGACUUUUCAGAACCCUGACGGACAACAUCAUCAUUGGCGUGUCAAAAGGAUUCGAAAAGAAGCUUCAGUUAGUGGGUGUCGGGUAUCGUGCAGCAGUGGAGGGCAACGAUCUCGUGAUGAACCUGGGAUUCUCGCACCCUGUUCGGAUGGCUGUUCCAGAAGGCCUGAAGGUUAAGGUGGAAGAGAACACCAGGAUCAUUGUCAGUGGCUAUGACAAGAGCGAAAUUGGUCAGUUCGCUGCUACUAUCAAGAAGUGGAGGCCGCCUGAGCCAUACAAGGGAAAGGGUAUCCGAUAUGCCAAUGAGGUUGUGAGAAGGAAGGAGGGCAAAGCUGGAAAGAAGAAAUAGAAACUGGUUCUUUGUUUUUGCGGGUUUCAUACUUCAUUUCAUUUCCACUGUAAUCCAUCGUUAUGUACUGAAACCAAACUUAAGAAUAUUUUGUUCUUUUCUGUUCAUGAUAUGUAGAGAUUCAACAUUUUCAGCA